CCGAAAACCACAUUUUGGGAAAGGAUCAAAAUUUAAGAAAAUGAAAAAUUGGGAAUUAUAGACUAAAGACUGAUUGUAACGCAGCCAGGUGUCGGCAUUAUGUCGUAUAAAUCACUAGCGAAUACAUCUGGUGAUCUUGGAAAUGGAAAUGCAUCGAACAUUGGGUCUAUUGAGCAGACAUAUGAGGAGCUGAUGCAAGGAAGUGUUCCUUGCCCAACAUGUCGGGGAACAGGCAGAAUUCCAAGUGAACAGGAGAAUGAACUAGUUGCUUUGAUACCUGUGCGAGAUCAGAGACUCAAGCCAAGCCGAACGAAAUUAUGGAUAGCACUAACUGUGGCAAUUGUGCUUGUAAUAGCAGGACUUUUUCUGUUUUUCUUCAUUCCCCGAAAUGUCCAACUCUCCAGUACUCUGCCAACUAUAGUGCCAGACCACUCCAGUGUCAAUGUGGCAGACCAUACAGUAUUCCUGCAAAUCCAGGUUCAGUACAACCUAACAAAUGCCAACUUCUUCAGUGUGGAAGUGAAUAACUUUAAGGUGUCUGCCUACUUUAACAUGAAAGUCAUACAAGAAGUCACUAAUGCAUCAGUGGUUUUGGUUCCACUGAGAAGUGCUGACCAGCUGACUGUCUUCAUGAAUCUCACAUUCAACAAUGAGGAGGGAUAUAUAGCAGAAUAUUGUCAGUGGAGAAAAUUCUGGCAACCUUACAUCUAUGUGAGAUUUGUGGCAUAUGCAACAUUUACGCUAUUGGGUCAAUCAGAGCAGUCAGUACUUGAGACAUUUCAGCAUGUAGUUUGUUUAGGCCCCCCACCAACAACACCCCCUCCGACAACCACCCCCACAACCACCCCCACAACAACAACACUGCCACCAAGCUCAACAGCUAUUAAAUCUAGUGCUACAAAUCUAAGUAUCAACUCGCAAGUCUAGUCAAAUACUUUAAAAAGUUCAUUGUUGACCCUGUAAGUUGGGCUCUAUACAUACAUGACCUAUGAGGUUGAUAAUAACAGUGGAUGCAAUGACGAACGUGAUCACCUAUUUUGCAUGUAUGUUGUCAAUUGUUAUGUUAAUUGUCAAAGAAGUUAGAGCUGUAGUUCAAUGACAAUGGAGUAGAUGUAUUAUGAAUUGUAUAUGUAAAAUGAGUUGUGUAUAUUGGUCAAACAUUCAACAUUAUGUUUUUAUGCACUGACAUAUAACUCAACAAUGAUUAGAAAUCCCGGUGUUUUAUGGUACAUUUACAUAUGUGUAGUAUAAUUUGAUAUAGAACAAGUAUUUUGAAAAGAAGAUAUGUAUUCUUGAAUUUAGAAAUUUUAUAUCUGAAAGCAGUUGCAUAAGAAGUAUGAAUGUUGCACAACUCAGACCUGUGCCAAAAUAAUUAAGGACGCCUAAAACAAUUAGUAGGAAUAUUUGUAAUACCCCAAGGCAGGCUCUUAAUGCACAUCUCUCAGGGUCCACUUUGAGAUGUCUGACAAUCUCCAAUUUCUAGCUUUAAAUUAUAUAUGUCAGGCCCGUAGCCAGGGGGGAGCUCGAUGGGUUCGAGCGAACCUCCCCCCUGGCAAAAAAAUCUUAUAAAAUCAUGC